AUGGCCUUCCACUGGGAAGGACACCAUCUCAUUGCUAGUGGAAGAACAAAACCGGAUCUUUUCUUCACUGAAACUGCGGCCGCCAUCUGCAUUAUGUCCCACUCCGUUCCUCCAAAGUCGUCAUCAACUGCAACGUCGAUUACGACCGACACCAGCCAUCUCGAAGAUCGGAUAGCCCUACUUUCUUCUCUGGUGAGAGAGCACUCGGGCAACAUGAAGCUGGAUCAAGAUACCAACCUUGUCGACGCGGGGCUGGACUCCCUUUUGGGCAUCGAGCUUGUCAACGACAUUCUCUCCCCAAACCAUCGAAAACCCAGUGCUCAGUGGUAUGAGACUGGAUUCUCUGGAUUCUGGAAGCAAAUCUACCCCCUCCAGUCCAGAUUGGCGCUUGCCUAUGUGGUUGAAGCCUUUGAAAAACUGGGCUGCACGAGCAACUCUUUCAGCGGCUUCUGCGAAUUCUCAGGGACGGCGGGCUGCUUGUUUCAGACGGGAAACAACCUGAUCCGAACCGAGACAGAGAUUGACAAGCAAAGCUCGGGUGCCGUUUACGAAAACAUCCUGGUUAAAUAUCCCCAGCAUGGCCUUGAGCAUAAGCUUCUCCGCGUCGCAGGUUCGCAGCUGGCAGAAUGUUUACGUGGCGCAUACGAUGCCUCUCAGCUACCGGUCCGGAACACCGAGAACAGAGAACUUCUAGAUCUCGAAAUUGGUGGCGGUGGCGGCGCCGGAGGAGGAGCAGGGACCAUCCAAACCAUUAUUGGGCUUCAUGAUCGCAGCAAGGUCUCGUAUACGUACACAUUCACGGACAAAUCACCCUCACGUGUUGCGGAAGUCAGACGGCAAUUCCAAAGUAACGCUUCCAUGAAAUUCAUGGCACUGAACGUGGACGAGCCUGCACCUACGGAGCUCCUCGGCAAAUUCCACACUGUCAAAUCUGCACACGGUGUGCAGGCCACGCGGAAUCUGGAGCAGUCUCUUGGGACCAUUCGCAACAUGCUCAGAGAGGACGGUUUCCUUGUGCUAGUUGAGCUCACGCGGAACAUGUACUGGUUUGACCUCGUCUUCGGUCUGUUUGAUGACGGUUCUUGGUUGUUCCAUGAUGAUGGUGGCGGCCGGCAGCAACAUGUCCCAGUAGAUGAAAGGACCUGGCAGCGUGAUCUCAGAAAGGCCGGCUUCAAGCACGUGUCCUGGACGGACGGCGCCAGCGAGGGGUCACGGACUCUGAGGAUAAUCACGGGCUUUGUCCGACACGCCGAGAAUGCGAAAUUCGUUCCUAGUCCAUCUCCGAGACCGAAAUCCAGAAUCGAGAAUCUCGUGUGGAGCCAGGUAGAGGACGUCCUUCUCUAUGCUGAUGUCUAUCUGCCGGAUGAAAACGAACCAGAUGGCAAAGCACGGCCGAUUGCGUCACUGAUCCAUGGAGGUGGCCAUGUCAUGUUCACAAGGAAGGACCUGGGACCCAAGCUGAUCCCACUGCUUCUUGAGAAAGGCUUCCAGCCCAUCAGCGUCGAAUAUCGAUUCUGUCCCGAGCUCACACUGAAUGAAGGGCCGAUGAACGAUGACAGUGACGCGCUUGGACGCGCAAGACACAAAGUGCCACGGCUCAAGUUUUUCAAAUCUUCCCAAGUUGUCCCAGACGGGAACCGGGUCGUCGCUAUCGGCCGGUCCACGGGGGGUCAUCUCGCCAUGACGUUGCCGUAUACUCCCCCCUGCAAAAGGCAUCAAACCUCCCGAUUCUGUGCUGGGACUUUAUGGGCCGACCGACUACGAGUCAGACUGUGA